AUGCGUGAGCUUCUUCUCGUCUUGGCGCUACUAGCGUGCACUACUAGCGCUACUAGCGCCUCUUACACGGACUACAAUCUCACCGUGAACUCCGUAGACAAAGACUUCUGCGACUCGACUAAGCAGUUGAGUGGCUAUUUUAAGAUCAUGGGCUCUAAGUCUAAGAACUACUUUUACUGGUUUUUCGAGUCGCGAGGCAGCCCAUCGACUGAUCCGCUGAUCAUUUGGCUCACUGGCGGACCAGGUUGUAGCUCAACCUUAGCCUUACUGCUGGAAAAUGGCCCAUGCUCUGUCAACGACGAUCUGUCGCUGAGAAGGAAUCCGUAUUCAUGGAAUGAACGCGCCAACGUCAUGUGGAUCGACCAACCUGUUGGUGUUGGAUUUAGCUAUGGAGAUAAGAGCGAGUACGAUACAUCGGAAAAGGAAGUGGGCGACGACAUGUACCAUUUCUUACAAGAGUUUCUCCAGGCCAAACCAGAGUACCAAAAGCUACCAUUUUACGUCUUUGGCGAGAGUUACGCUGGCCAUUACGUCCCUGCAAUUGCGCACAGAAUUUUUCAAGGUAAUCAGCAGAAGGAAGGACCGUUGGAAAUCAACUUGAAGGGAUUUGGCAUUGGUAAUGGGCUCACAGACCCUGAAGUGCAAUACAAGUACUACCCGGACAUGGCGUACAAUAACACGUACGGAGUCAAGGCCGUGUCAUACCCCGUUUAUGUAGCUAUGAAGGCAGCUGUGCCUCCCUGUGUUGGCAUGAUCGAUGCCUGUCAGACGACCAAAGCGGCGUGUUUAGCGGCGCAAACAUUUUGCAAUGCUGCGCUGGUUGCGCCUUAUACGAUGUCAGGGCUAAAUGUUUACGACAUUAGGUCCAAGUGUCAACAUUGGCCAAUGUGCUACGACUUCAGCCACAUUGAAAAGUUUCUGAGGCUUGAAAGUACUUUACGGAAGCUGCACGUGAGUCCUAAAAGUGCAAAGUGGCAGAGCUGCAACAUGGAAGUCCACGCCGGUUUUUCUUUUGAUUGGAUGAAGAAUUUUCAACAACUGGUGCCGCCUAUGCUCGAAGCAGGAAUUAGGGGCCUUGUAUAUGCUGGAGACGCCGAUUUUAUAGUCAACUGGAUGGGAUGUAAGGCUUGGACGCUACAACUGCCAUGGAGUCAGCAUGAUGAAUUCUUGGCCGCCGAGGACAAGGAUUGGAUUGUGGAUGGCCAAAAGGCUGGUCGUAUCCGCCAAGUUGGUCCCUUUGCUUUUCAACAAGUGUAUGAGGCGGGCCACAUGGUGCCUCUGGACCAGCCAAAGCAUGCGCUGGCGCUGCUGAAGGCUUUCACGCAGGUAUCCGAGGAGCAUGAGGAGAAAGACCAGAACGAAUUGCAGAAGCAGUUGAUGGACAGGGAGGUCAAGGUGAAGGAUGAAAGUGUCAUGAGCGUCAUGUAA